AACACCAAGCCGUGCAUGAUUGAUUAUGAUAUUAUCAAACAAUCGUGUAGCGAAGGUAUGCGGUCUCGUAGCGGGCUCUAGUUCAAAUGUUUGAUGUUUAAAUAUUUUUAAUUAAUACUUUCUACAACACAAUUAACACACCUUAUUAUAACCUUAUUUUUUUCUCUCUUUUCAAAAAGCACAUAUUAAAAAAAAAUCCGUAAACAAACAAAUAGACACCUGUAUGGACUAGAUUUAAUCUUUUUCAUCCUUUUUAAGGUCAUUUUCUCGUCAGUGAAGUGGUCAAAAUUGUUCAUGCCCAAUCUGGAGCGGAUUGUAUCCUACAGUGCAUGCUUCAAGAUAAAUCAUGCAGAUCUGUAAACUUCAGGAAAAUUUCAUUUAACAAUAGUACUGGAAAUUGUCAGUUACUUAAUGGCGCUGAUUCAGCAAAUCCAGAACUUUUACACGAAGAUGAAAAUUUCGAUUAUCUCGUAUUACUGCAACCCAACAGAGUAAGUAUGUCAUAGAACUAUUUCACUACUUCACAUGCAGUGCAUGCAACGAGGAAAUAGUGUUUGAAUAAAUAUUUUAUAGCAUUUACUACCAUAGUACUGUAUGAAGCAGGUGAGAUUUCGAAGAUUUUGAAAAUGUCAUAUAUAUGACUAAUUAGAAUGAUUAAACAGCAAUCUAUUUCAAAGAAGCAGCAGUACUCAUGCUAUAUAGAGACAAAAUGUCCUCCCUUGUACCAAUGCCACAGUUAUCUUUUCAGUCUACAUUUUUUUUUAUUCCUUUCUUGUGGAUUUACUUUAUCUCCUACUGUAUAGCUGGUCAUUCUCACGUGACACAAUAUGGAAUUGCCUAAUUCAUGAUAUAUAUACAUGCAGUAACAAGAAUUUUUAAUCACUUACAUUGUAACUUAAUGCGCAUGCGCAAAUACCGUUGUGUAGUUGUAUAUUUCAAAUCUGCAGAGAUGUGAAACAUUUACCAAAAUGCUACCACAAAUAUACAAGGCAAUUUUGACCAUAAUCCUUAAUUCCCGAAGGAUUCAUGGUCUGCACUUUAUUUCAUACCUUAUACCCUUGCAAGACUCGUAAAAGAGAUAGGCUACACGUACAUGCAUUGCAGCUGCGUGAAGCCAAAAAUAUUAAUAUUUUAAUAAAAAAUUAUUUAAUAAUUCUACCAUUCAUUUAGUUCAAACAAAUUGAAAUUUGUCUAUACAUCUAUAUAGGAAUAAUAAUUAUUUUUAUUGAAAACAACAAUUGUACAAUCUUUUGGACGUUCCAUGGCCACCCUUAAUAAGGCUUUAAGUUUUUAUGCAUAAACUGGUAUAAUUACCUACGGAAGCGCCACAUGCUUUUCGCAGAAGAACCGAAAGUCCUUGAAGAAAUAAUAGGCAUGAUUUAAUUAAUUAUGUAAUGUUUAACUUUUUAAGUAUACAAUGCCAUUUAUUAAUUGAAAAAAUAGCUAGGGUAGUGAUUAUGCAGUGUAAGAAUUAUUCAACGUUAUAUGACAUUACGUAACACCUGCUGCAAGUCGUUUACAAAGUGCGAGACGCUUUUAUCACUAACCUUUGCACGAAUGUGUUUGAGAAUAACUAUAUUUUCGUGUAACUCGAGUGCAUUGAACUAAAAUGUUUGUAUAUGCAUUAACAACGAAAUCUUAGACCUGGACAAACUGUUCUCGUGUACGUGUACAAUUUUACGCAAAAAGUCGACAUUAUGCUGAUGUGCGAAAAUGUAUCUAUAUGGCUAUAUUUGCUUAUUUGGAUCCUCUUACCAACAUUUGCGCACUGUUUUCAAGAGGCUCUCUUUCGGAAAGAAAACGGCGUGUAUUUUGCAAACAAUGUGUUGAAAACUGAGGACACAAGCAGUGAAAUGGAGUGCUGUAGUAAUUGCUUACAAGAUAAGUCAUGCGCGUCUGUUAAUUAUAAAACCUCAGGCGACUACCAAGGUUUCUGUGAACUACACGCGGAAACAUUAGAAGAUCAUCCGCAGAAUGGAAUAGAAAACUACGAGUUUUCUUACUUUGAGAAACUUAAAGCAAAGGUAAAUAGAAAGAGUAAACGAACAAGGCACUGGCUUUCCAGUACAAUAAAUUGGAGCAUGUUGGCAGCACAGUUGGGAACGGAAUCCCCUUUAUCUCGUGACCGGAGUUCGAUUCCUUUACAAUGCAAUACAAAUAACGCCUUUGUCCCAUAUACAGCAGGGGGCUUUCAAUCUUACUCACUAAACACCGCAGGUGUACUCCGGGUACUUCAGAGCAAUUUCUCCCUUACUCAAACUAGACCAUGCAGUUCAGUUUUAAUUCAUAUUCGCGACCUCUAAAGAAAUAUUUUCAAUGUAAUGUUUAUGCUCAAGCGCAUGGUUUAAUUAUCAUAUGAUAUGCGCACUUGAACAUAUCCAUAUGAAAAAUUAAGCGCACUUGAACAUAUCCAUAUGAUAUGCGCACUUGAACAUAUCCAUAUGAUAUGCGCACUUGAACAUAUCCAUAUGAUAUGCGCACUUGAACAUAUCCAUAUGAAAAAUUAAGCGCACUUGAACAUAUCCAUAUGAAAAAUUAAGCGCACUUGAACAUAUCCAUAUGAUAUGCGCACUUGAACAUAUCCAUAUGAAAAAUGCGCUAUAUAAAUGUAAUUCGCCAUCAUUAAUUCAUUUUAUCAUUGUAUUUUCAGGAAUUUUCACCAGUUCCAUCAACCGCUCGAAAGACCGCACAAACUUUACCAUCAAGUAAGCGUUCAAAGUGUCAUAAAGAUAUAGUAAUUCUUUCUUAUAAAAUAAAUCACCUUUAUAAUAUAAAUCACCUAUCUUUGCAUAGAAACAUCAACAACGAAGAAUAUACAUGUAUAUUUACUUGUUGGUUGAGUUGAUGAAUUUUCUGGUUUCAAUAGACAUAUAUUUAGCCCGUGCAAGUGGCAUCACAACACAUGUGUUGUGAAAACUAUAUAUAGUUGUUUGGCGGUCGCCAUUUUGCAUGGCAAAUAUUUAGAACUAUAAAUAACAACUAAUCAUAUGCCGUCAUUUGCUCGGUAAACCAAGGCUGCGGUUGUGUUCUUAUUGUUGGAAAAUCCAAAGUGGCCUUUUUCUGGGUAAAUCAUUUUCUGGCUAUAGUCAUUAAUUAUGCAUGCCACCCAAAUGGCGGAUUAUUUCUAGCAUGACCGAAUACUCUUGCAAUGAAAAAAAACAUUUAAUUUAUUUUAUUAUCUUUAAAAAUACAGAACAACCUACAACGAACAAAACAAAAGAAUCAACUACUCAAACAACAAGUAAAUAUAUACUUUUUAAGAAAUAGCUUGCGACGGCACCUUGAAUAACGAGUUAAUUAUAAUAGUUUAAUUUGCGGCGGCAUCCUUGAAUAAUGAGUUAAUUAUUCCAUCCUUUCGUUUUAUACUUAUUCCGGUGGAUAACGUUUUGAAAACACAAAGACAUCUAAAUGUUUCGAAAGGCGCACGUCUUGACAAAAUUCCGGCUAAGAUGCUACGUAUUGCUGCAUGUACAAUUAAGACAACAAGCUCAUGCAGUAAAGCAGUAUCCAAGUUGAAUGGAAAUUAUUAUAGUUAAUAACAUCUAUUUCACUUAUUAUUACUUAUUUAUUAUUACAAAAGUUAUUCCUUAAAAAAGCACAUAAACCAAAUGAUAUCGUGUUAUUGAGUUACUGAUUGAGCUAAUUCUAAAAUAAAAUAAAUAUAUUACGUACUAAAAACAAUCCAACAAACAAGAUUGAAUCAGGAGAGCGUUUUAUUAUUUAUUUCUAUCACCAAACCUUUGUCUCACAGAUGGAAUAUAAUAAUAAAAAAGAUUGUGCAUGUCUAAAAAUGCAGAAAAUCAAGUCCCAAACGCUCAAAAAUGCAAAAUUAUUUGGGUGGCGGACCCCCACAAGUUCCCCUUUUCCUUAAUGCCCAAUCCCCCCCCCCCGCAUUGAUAAAUUAUUAAAAGUCGCUCUAAAUUGUUGCUUGUGUAAGAGAGCUUGAAUAUUAUUAGCUAUUAAAAUUUAUAUAUUUUGUUAAAACCUGCAUUUAUUAUUUGGAAUGUACAUUUUAUCACAUAUAGCUAAAUUAAAUACAGCGACUCCUUAUAACGCUUAUUUUGUGAUCUUCUAAAUAGAAAUGCCCACAACCAAAUGGUCAAGAAGACGUCGUCGACGUGUAAACCCUCGAGCAACAAGUUAGUUAAAAUCAAGCCAAUACUAUAUAUAUAUGUUUUGGUUUGUGGAAACAGCACUUAUAUUUAUAACUGGAAAUACCUACAAAGAACUUAAUCUAAUACUGUUGUUUUAAUCUAACAUGUCUGUAGCCUGAAUACUGAAAAUAAAGGUUUAGCUACUGUGACAGUACAAUGUUUUUGUUUGCUUUUGUGUGAUAAUGCAUGGUUAUAAGCGUGCAAAGAGUAUAUAAGUUUAUAAUCACUUUUAAUAGCUCGGGCAGUUCAGGAAGCGCCAUCAUGUAAAGAAUUGCUGAAAAGAGAUAAGUACGAUUAA